AUGCCCGACCUUGACCUCGACAUCUACGAAGGUGCUCACCAGCUGGCGGAGGUCGGCGCCGGUAUCGGUGUGGCCCCUCGCGUCUGGGCGAUCCUCCAAUCCCUCGGCCUGGAGCGGGCUCUGCUCGAGGCAAGCGGAACAACGGACAGCGGCACGGUGCCUCUGCGCUACCUGAAGGGCGAUCAGCACGAGUCCGCCGAGAUCCUCGAGUUCACGUCCCCGAUCCGCACCUUCCACCGCGCGCACAUACAGCAAGUCUUCAUGCACCACCUCAAGAACCCGGAGCAGACCCUCCACUUUUCGAAGCGUCUCGUCCGCUACGCAGAGCCCGAGAACCUCACCGCCCCGAUCGUCCUCACGUUCAAGGACGGCACGACUGCGAGCUGCGACGUCCUCCUCGGCGCCGACGGCAUCAAGAGCCCGAUCCGCCACCAGAUGUACAACGAGCUCGCGGACGCAGCGGAGAAGCGCGGUGACGCCGACGGCGCUGCGGCGCUGCGGGACGUGAUCCCGCCGGUGUGGUCGGGCAUGGUUGCGUACCGCGCCGUCGUGCCCGCGGACAAGCUCACGCAAGAUGUCAAGGACCUGGCGAAGCCGAUGAUGAACAUCUUCCUCGGCAAGUGGCGCUACGUCGUCUGCUUCCCCAUCUCGCGCGGGCAGGCGUACAACGUCGCCGCGAUGGUCGAGACGCCCGGGGGCGAGGGCACGCAGUACGACGGGCCUUGGUCGGCGCCGUCGACGGCGGCGGAGGUGCUGAGGCACUUCCCCGGCUGGGACCCCAAGAUCAGGAGCAUCCUCAGCGUGACACAUGACGGCCCGACCGACUGGGCGGUGAAAACGCUCAAGGAGCUCCCCACCUUCGUGCACGGCCGCGUCGCGCUCCUCGGCGACGCCGCGCACGCGAUGACGCCCAGCCAGGGCUCCGGCGCGGGCCAGGCGAUCGAGGACGGGUACGUGCUUGCGGCGGUGCUCGCGCAGCCGGCCGUGGCGCGCGCGACCCUCGCCGCGGCGCUCGCGGUGUACGACGCGGUGCGCCGGCCGUUCGCGCAGGACGUCGCGCGCCGGUCGCGCGAGAGCACCCGCCUCUACCACUUCCAGCGGCUCGGGUGGGAGGAUGUGAGCGAGGACGAAUGCGCCCGUGGGGGGUACUCGCGCGUGCAGCUGGAGCCGAUCGGGCGGACGAUCGAGGAGGAGAUGAGGUGGGUGCACUCGUCGCGGAUCGAGGAGGAGGAGGAGCGCGCGGUGCAGACGGUGAGGGAGAGGCUGGGCGCGCUGGUAUGA